AGACACUCAAACAAUAGACUUAGUUGAAAGAAGAAGAAGAAGAGACAGAACCGCAGGGGGGCGAGCAUGAAGAGGAAGAGAUGCGAAAUGAUGGAGAAGAAGAAGAAGAAGAAGACAGAGAUAAGAUCCGCCAUUGAAGAGCUCUCUGUUCUCAUCAUAACCAAAUCUCCGGAUGAUUCGGAAGCCAUCAACAUACCCUUAAAACCUCUUCUCUCUUUCUGCAACUUGAUCAUACAAGUUCUUGAUAAGAUUGGACCGACAAUGGCUGUUCUCCGACAAGAUAUCGAUCAAAAUAUCCAGAAAUUAGAGAAGCUAUGUGAAUCUAAUCCUCAUUGUGUUCAUGCCAAUUUGGUCGAGAUUCUGAAAAAGGAAGGAGAAGAAGGGGUUUCCAAGAUGAGUAAUAGCUGCAGUAGAGCAGUUCUUUGGCUCACUAGAACAAUGGAUUUUACGACGGCGUUAUUGCAAAGACUGUCGGAAGAUGUGUCACGGAACAUAGAAGAAGCCGUAGAAGAAUGCUACAUCGCGACUUUGAAGCCAUGGCAUGGAUGGAUCUCUUCCGCUGCUUUCAAAGUGGCGUUGAGGCUCGUACCGGAUAACAAAACGCUAAUGAGCGCGAUUGCAGAGGACGAGAGCCUUGAAGAGCUCAAAGAAGACAUGGAAACCCUAGUUUCGUUACUCGAACCAAUCCUAAGAGACAUCCAUUCGGUUCUGGAGCGAUACGAGUUGAACAGGAUAAGAUCAACAUGAGAGACUGAUAGGAAGAAAAGAUUUGACACGUCAUAAAAUUAUAUAAUUAUAUAGUUUUAAUUGUAUAGUUUCUUUUUUCUUUUUUCUUAUUCUAAUUUAAUUGUAUCUUCUUUUUCAUGUGAUUUUGUGU